UUCUUGUUGUUCUUCAACGCGGAAGUUUUAUAACAGUACAGACAGGGGAGUUAUGUGUACUGUGUUGAAACCAGUUACAUUUGAAUUUAUUCCUCAGAUAUAAGCCUGUGAUUUUAACCCACUUGUCAGUAUGGUGAACCUCGGUCUGACGAAAGUGGACGACGCGAUUGCAGCAAAACACCCCGGGUUGCAGAGCUACGCUGCCUGUCAGUCUCACGCCUUUAUGAAGGGGACGGGGAGCUUUGUGCUGGGUGCUGCAGGGUUUUUUGCCUUCCAGAAGGCUCUACAAAAGAAACUCCCCUAUCCUCUUCAGUGGAAUCUGCUAAUUUCAAUAGUGGCGUCAUCGUUUUGCAGUUAUGCGGUGACUCGCUGGGAAACACAGAAAUGCUCAGACCUUUGGAUACUGCUAGAGACAGGUAAAGUCCCAGAGAGAUCACCUCCACCACCAACAGUAUCUCAUCCAGGGGACUCAAAAGCAGCUCAAAAGACAAAAUAUGGUGAUACAAUGGAAUAAAUAUAGUCCUUCAUCUAUGAUCCCUGUUUUCCAGAAAAUUUAUAUAGAGAUUGGUGCAAAAACGUGCACUUCAUAUUUAUUUUAAAUGUGUUUUAUCUUUCUUACACAUGUGCCUCAAGAAUGUAAUUUCCUUGUUUGGUUUCAGACUUUAUGGGGCGUUUGAAUUUCAUAACAGCAUUAAAGUGGAUUAAAAAGAACUGCAUGCAGGUCAGGAAUUAAUUUGGGUCUUUAGCAGAAAUCUGAUGUUAAGCUUGUUGAUCUGGUAUUAUUGUGUGGACAUGUUGGUUUGUCAUGCAACAGAAUUAAAUCUACCACCAGCCACUGGUUGCUCCCGUGCUCGUAUUAUGGGAUGUAUCAAGCUGUUUGUUGGUGCCCUUGUUUCCUCUGAGGAUUUAAGCUAGCUAAUGAUCAGAUUUUGCUUUUAAGGACAUGAACGUUAGUAAAACCUGAAAUCCAACAAUUGAAAACAGUUUAUUGCUGUUGCUUGUAGCCACUAAAACCUAUUCAGCUGCCAUCAGUUCAGAAAAGAUUAAAUAAACCCAGCAUGUCUCAAAGAAA